AUGAGUACGGUGCAGGACAAGAAGCCAGGCAGAGAUUCCCAAUAUAUCGAGGAGUCUGACAUCAUCGAGAAGGGUGGACCAUCCUCGAAUAAUAACGCGCACGAUGCCAGGGUGCUUGCAAAGCUAUCGGCUGAUGACAAGUCCUUGAACACUGUCGCUGCCAUCCGCAAGUAUUGGGUGGCUUUCCUUUGGGCAAUGUACGCGAGCGUAGGAUCCGCUAUCGCGGGUUACGAUAUCACGGUUUCCGGCGCAGUCGUCGCGAUUCCCUCGUUCCGACGAGACUUGGGCACUUUCAUCGAUGAUCAAUGGGUCAUCUCUGCGGCCUGGCAGUCCGGGUUCAACGCUGGUUCCAACAUAUUUCAAGCUUUAGGCGCCUUUGCAACAGGUUUUAUUGGGGAGAAGAUUGGGCGCAAAGGGUCACUCCUGGUUGCGUCUAUUAUAUCGAUCGCAGCGCUCUUCCUGCAAUUCUUCAUUCGGCCUCAUGAUUUCGUCAUGUUCUUCUUCGGUCGCUCAAUCAACGGCUUUGCCGUGGGCAUCUAUACAACUAUUGCCAGUUCCUAUUGCGCGGAGGUCUCGCCUCUUGCUCUACGCGGUGUCACUACUGGUGCUGUCAACUUUUGGAUUUUGGUCAAUUGUGGGUUCAUAUCCUACAAAGGGAAUUGCACUCAUAGGACCGUCCAGCUUGUCAAACUUGAUCAUCCAGGGAACAGGGAGCCGCGACGACUCCUUCGCGUAUCGUAUUCCACUUGCCGUGCAAUGGUUCUUCCCGGUAUUCGUCUUGGUCUUCCUUCCCUUCGUGCCGAGUCGCCUUGGUAUUUGGUUCGUAGGGAACGGAUGGUAGACGCUAAGAAGGCCAGCGAGCGUCUUUUCGGCGGUACGGGUCUCGACAUCGACCUACAUCUCAUCUACAUCAAGGAGACAAUCGAGCUCGAAGAACGGAUCGCAGGCCAGGGCAAGUGGGUCGACCUUUUCCGUGGAACCGAUCUUCGCCGUACGAUCAUUGCGGGCAUGGUCUUUAUCUGUCAGGAAAUGGUCGGCGUGCAAUUUGUCCUAGGUUACAGCGUCUAUUUCUUUGACUUGGCUGGCUUCAACGACGCUAAUGCCUUCCACCUUGGUGUCGGCACCAUGGCAUUGGCUAUUGUCGGAAAUCUGAUUGGGAUCGGGUUCACCAACCGCCUUGGCCGUCGCCCAAUAUUCUUCUGGGGCAUGGUCGCUUGUACGAUUGAUACGCUGAUGAUCGGCGUCCUGUCCCUGGUACCCGGCAACGGCGCACUUUGGGCAAUGGGAGUCUUCACAAUGUUAUACAUGCUUACCUACCAAGCCGGAAUUGGUCCGCUCGCCUAUUGCAUCUUUGCCGAAAUCUCCACAGCUCGUCUUCGGUCCAAGACCGUCGCAUGGGGUGUUGUCAUCAACCAAAUCGGCGCCCUCAUCAUCCAGGUCAUUAACCCAUAUCUGAUCAAUCCCGAUGAAGCGAACAUGCAAGGCAAGGUUGGCUGGCUGUUCGGAGGGCUCGGGGUAAUUUUCACCAUCUGGUCCUGGUUCGGCGUUCCGGAGACGGGUGGUCGUACGAUCGAUGAGAUUGAUAUCCUCUUCGAAAAGAGGAUACCGGCACGCCAAUUCCGCUCUUAUGUCAUCCAAGAUGCAGAUCGUAUACAUUGA